GUCUUCCUUGUGUGAACCAUCAACAAAGCCAAUGGUAUCCAGACGUGUUGCAUCUGAAUAAUUUAUCCUGGUGGGAGUUGAGCUUUUGAUAAUUAUACCUCCGGUGGCGGAAUUCUGCUCUGUAUACCAUCAUACGAGAGAUCCACAGUGAUCCGAAAUCCCUACACUCACUCGCCUUCAAGAUGGCUGCGGACGAGAGCACCAACCGGCGUAUUGAGCCGGUGUCACAGUCCAUGCAAUCUGAAGAGGAGAACCUACGAACUGCCCACGAACAAGAAGAUGCGAAACGAGACGAGGAACUCAAGAAGGAACGGCAACAGGAUCUCAGCGGUGGCAAAGGGGCCGUGGAUAAGAAGUUCAAGGCACUGGAGUAUUUGCUUAGCCAGAGCAAGCUUUAUUCCUCAAUUAUCCUCCAACAGAUCCAACGUCAAGAAGAUGAAGACGUGGCGCGAGACUCCAAAGACCGCAAACGAGCCCAGAAGCGCGAAGAUGUCGCUGAGAAAGUCGCAGAAGAUUCGCAGCGGCGGGCAACGAGAGCAUCGGCGGCAGGAACUACAAAGGAUACAGCUCAGCCUGAGUCGCCAUCCAAGAAACUGGCCGUUCGAGGGCGCGGAAAGCCUGCAAAGAAAGAGCCGGGAAAGGGGAAGAUAUCCAGCUAUUUCAAGAAGGAGGACGUCGAAGCGAAAGCCGGAACGGGUGAUAUCACCGAAUCGUUGAAGGAAGCGGUGGACGAUAAUAUUCAAACAAGCGAUGUUGGCGUGCAGAAUCUCCGAAGAGCGCACCAACCAGACUUGGUCAGCGGUGGAACGAUGCGGUCAUAUCAACUAGAAGGGCUGGAAUGGCUAGCAUCGCUCUACGAGAACGGACUGAAUGGGAUAUUGGCAGAUGAGAUGGGAUUGGGGAAGACGAUUCAGACGAUUGCAUUCCUUGCGUUUUUGUGGGAGCGCCAGAGCUACGGACCGUUUCUAAUCGCCGCACCGCUGAGCACGACGAGCAAUUGGGUAUCGGAGUUCAAGAAGUGGACCCCGGACAUCCCGGUAGUGCUGUAUCAUGGAAGCAAACAGGAACGGGAGGAGAUACGGAGGAAGAAGCUGAAGAAUCCGGGGACGGAUAAGUUCCCCGUGGUCAUCACGACCUACGAGAUCUGCAUGAACGACAGCAAAUACUUGUCGAAGUUCGGAUGGAAGUUCAUCAUCAUCGACGAAGGGCAUCGGAUCAAGAAUAUCAACUGCCGACUCAUCCGCGAACUGCAGUCGUACGCUUCGGCGAACAGGCUGCUCAUCACUGGAACUCCGCUGCAGAACAACCUCCGCGAACUAUGGUCCCUGCUCAACUUCCUGAUGCCGCAGAUCUUUAAUAAGCUCGAAGCCUUCGAGAGCUGGUUCGAUUUCUCGGCGCUAAAAGACAAAGAUGACUACGAUCAGAUCUUCACGGCGGAACGGGAGCAAAAGCUGAUCGCUUCCUUACAUGCCAUCCUAAAGCCAUUCCUGCUGCGAAGAGUCAAAGCCGACGUCGAAAGCAUGAUGCCGAAGAAACGGGAGUACGUGCUCUACGCUCCAUUGAGUCCCAUGCAGCGAGAACUGUACCAGGCGAUUCUUGAUGGUACCAGCCGGACGUAUCUUGAAGACAAAGUCAUCGAGACGCUUAGCAGCGGUGCCUCGACACCUCGACGAGUGGGCAGCAGUUCCAGCCUAAAGCGCAAAGGUCACGAUGGCCGAGCAGACACUCCUCUAAAAAGCGCCAAGUCCAGUCGCGAAUCGACGCCUGGAUCGACUAUGCUCGGUCGCACCCGGGGUAGGAAAAAAGAUUACCAAGAAGUCAGUGACUCUAAAUAUUUCAAGCGACUCGAAAAUACGCACGGGUCUUCAGAGAGUCCCGACAUUUCUGAGCCUGUAUCCGACGAGGAAGCAGACCGCAUACAGGCAGAGACCUUCGCACUGGCAAAGAAACAGGUCGCACAAAAGAAACUGCAAAACCCGAUCAUGCAACUCCGACUCUGCUGUGACUCCCCCUACAAUUUCUUCAACCCUUUCGACAUCCACGCACAGGCUUCCAACGCCGCCGAGGUGACCGUCGAUGAAUCCCUAGUCACGUCCUCCGGCAAGAUGUUGCUCCUCGACUCCCUCCUCCCCCCAUUAUUCCAACGCGGUCACAAAGUCCUCAUCUUCUCGCAAUUCAAAACCCAACUCGACCUCCUCGAACUCUAUGCCACCGCUCUCCGUGACUGGAAUAUUUGCCGCAUCGACGGCUCCGUUCCGCAGGUCGAGCGCCAAGCGCAGAUCGACGCCUUCAACCAGCCCCCCACUGGCAAGACAGCGAAAAACGCGAGCAAUUUGUUCUUACUGAGUACCAGGGCGGGCGGACAGGGCAUCAACCUCGCUGCGGCCGACACCGUGAUCCUGUUCGAUAGCGACUGGAACCCACAACAGGACCUGCAGGCGCAAGAUCGGGCGCACCGGAUCGGGCAGACGCGCAACGUGAUCGUCUACCGGCGGAAGGAAAACGGCGGUUGGAGAAGUUGGUGA